AUGGAUCCUCAAAGACUUCCAGAUGUUCUUAGAUCACCGGCAGAGUGGCCUUGCGAAACAUGUAAAUCCCUGGUGCCCGACCGCAAAAAGACCGACGAGGCUACCUAUAUCCACACGACAUAUCGACGAGAAGAUGUAUACCCAGACUAUCCUGGGCUUGCAGCCUCGGCUGCUAGUGGUUGCAAACUUUGCAACCUCUUCCGUCAUGCUCUGAUCUCAGUCGGGUCCUUGACCGCUUGGCGCAACGACGAGAACGACACGCACCCCUUCUGGGAUCACGAAACUGGGCAAGAUCUGUCUCUGAAGAUGAAUUGGGAUCGAAGAAUUGCCAUAACAGCUACGCUUCACUUGAUGCCUUUCAAGCCCAUCCAUGAAUCGGAUAGCUUCUCCCUUGAGGGCCAACCUCCGCAGUAUAACGGGAUGGUACACUCGCUGUGGCUAAAGUACGGCCCAGUAACACGUCCUUUGAGGAGCGAAACGGGUGCCGAAUUUUGGUCUGGGUCUGUUCUUGAGAUGUCCGUCUUUGAUUCUCCCGAGCCGACCGACCUACCCAAGAACUUUGCUGAUGCGGCACGAGUAUGCAUCCAACUCGGAAUCCCAUAUCUUUGGAUAGACUCACUCUGCAUCAUCCAAGACUCGGCCGAUGAUUGGAAGCGGGAGGCUGUCAAGAUGCACCUCGUGUAUCGCCACGCCGUAGUAACCAUCGUCGCAACUUCAGCCACGUCAACACAUGACGGAUUCCUUGACCGCGACUUCGAAAAGACUCUGGCCGCAAAGGUUCACUACUCCCUUGACUAUGGCCAAGAUAUUCCACCAUCUGGGCAUGGCCGGGAUAGAUAUGUGGUCUUCUACCAUCGUCAACACUAUAAAGAUUCGUUCCCUACAUACGCAAUCAACAAUUCCAAGUGGAACACCAGGGCUUGGACAAUGCAAGAGAGAAGCCUCUCGACGAGGCUCAUACACUUUUGCCGCAACAAGAUCUUCUUUGAAUGCCGGUCCUGCAUCAAGUCUGAAGAGAACGAACCAGCUGCCCACUAUGCCCUGAUGACCAGAAUACUCUGGCCCAGAGAUCCUUCGACAUCCUGGGAUACGCUUUAUGAGUAUUGGCAGUGGUGCCUGACGCAGUAUUGCCCAAGAAACCUAACCAAGGGCAAAGACAAGCUCAUCGCAAUCCAAAGCGUGGCCGAGGAGAUGAUGAGUAUCACCAAGUGGGAGUAUAUCAGAUUUGCAGGCAUGUGGAGGCACAAGAUCAGCGAGGAGCUCUUUUGGAUCUUUCCCUACGGAGAAGCUAGAAGGCCUGAUGCCGCUCGUGCACCGAGUUGGUCAUGGAGUGCGCUGGAUGGACACGUCUCGUUCAAUCCCCGAAUCCUGCCAAAGGGGAAGCGAAGCGUACCAGAGCACCUGGCUCUCAUCUUUGAUGAGAUAAAGGUGGAUGUUAUCGAUGUGUACCCCUCGAGGGAACAUACUCCCACUGGUGAGAUACAUGGUUAUCUCGAGGUCAAAGCCUGGAUGCGGCCUAUCUCAACGGUUGUGAAGGCUAAGAGUGUUAAUGAUGACGAAGAAUUUCUCCCGUUCAAACUUGUAGCUGGAGCUGACGGAGUCAGUCACGGCAGCGGAGAACAAGAGCAUGUUUUCGCUCACGGGAGGUUGGAUAUAGACACGCCCAGAGGGAACACCAGGCUGCUCUAUCUGCACAUCAGCAUUGAUAAGCGCCUAACGGGCCUCAUUCUUGAGCUCGGGCCAGAAGAUACGACAAUAACAGGAAAAUCACUGGAAGCCUGGAGAAGAGUGGGCGUUGCCACUAUCUUUGACGACCAAAGGGGAUUCAUUCUCUCAACGGAUCUAUUUGGGAACGGGACAGGGCGAUCAAAGAUCAUCAUGGUGUGA